AUGUCUGUUGUAGGCUGGAACUCUUGGAAUGCCUUCAAGAACAACAUCAACGAGACUAUCAUUAAAGCCACGGCUGAUGCUUUGAUUGACCAUGGUCUCGUGACAGCUGGCUACAAUUACCUACUACUGGAUGACGGUUGGGCUGCAUACCGCGACGAGAAUGGUUUACAGCAGGCGAAUUCUACUCGCUUCCCUAGCGGCAUUGUAGGAAUCACGGACUAUGCGCAUGAACGGGCGUUGAAAGUCGGCAUAUACAGCGACGCCGGAAUCUUGACUUGUUCUUUCAAACCUGGUAGUUAUGGAUAUGAAGAGCUUGAUGCCGCCACCUUUGCUGGCUGGGGUAUCGACUACCUCAAGUACGAUAAUUGCGGCGGUUUUCAGGCCAACACACUUGCCCCGCAAGAACGCUUCUGGCGCAUGGCGCAUGCCCUGAAAGACACUGGAAGGGAAAUCUUCUACUCGCUGUGUCAGUGGGGCAAUCAGUUUCCGUGGCUCUGGGCCGAUCAGUUUAGCGACUCGUACCGCAUCGCCGGUGACAUCCAUGCAUCGUUUGCUUCGGACAGUUCUGGUGUGUGCACGACUGCGUAUUGCCUGAAUACAGGAUACGCCGGGACAAGUGUUCUUACAACGAUUCGAAAAAUGCGAGAGCUAUCAUAUUUCCAGAAGCCUGGAUCGUGGGGCGACAUGGAUGCACUAGAAAUCGGUAACAAUGCAAUGACUGUUCUCGAGGAGCAGACUCACUUCUCUUUCUGGGCCGCUCUAAAGUCACCGCUCAUUGCUAGCACCAAUCUGUUAUCAAUUAACCAGUCAUCUUUGGACAUGUUGCUCAAUCAAGAAAUCAUAGCAAUCAACCAGGACGAUGCGGGGUUGGCUGUCAGUUACGUUCCAGACCUUUCGUCGGAAGGCAGCGUUCAGAUCUGGGCCGGCCCGCUCACUUCAGGAGACUCAAAGUUCGUGAUUCUGGCUUUCAACGAAAAGAACAACACUCAAGAUAUCUCAUUCGAUCUGGGAAAUGUACCCCAGUUCGCAAACAGUGGUGGCGGGAGCAGUCGGAUUAGGGACGUUUGGGGACAGAAGACUUUUGCGGUCAAUGGCACAGUUCUUCUUAGCCAGGUGGGAGUGCAUGAAACCAAGGUACUUGUUUUCUCAUGA